AAAAAAGGUCAUCCAUUGUUGAAAUUGAAAGUGUAUUUGUUGUGAGAAGUGCAGUGCAGUGGGCAAAGAAAGAAUUCAGUUGAAUAAAAAGCGAGCGAAGUGGGAAAGAAAGAAAUAAAUAAAUGUCGACGAUUUACGUGUUAGAGCCACCGACGAAGGGGAAGGUGGUGUUGAAUACCACCCACGGCCCUCUCGACAUAGAGCUCUGGCCUAAAGAGGCUCCAAAAGCUGUUCGUAACUUCGUCCAGCUCUGCCUCGAAGGCUACUACAACCACACCAUCUUCCACCGCAUCAUCAAGGCCUUUCUCGUCCAGGCCGGCGAUCCCACUGGCACCGGCACCGGUGGUGAAAGUAUAUACGGCGGUCCUUUUGGUGAUGAGUUUCAUUCGCGGUUGAGAUUCAAGCACAGAGGAUUGGUUGCGUGUGCCAAUGCUGGCUCGCCUAAUUCUAAUGGCAGUCAGUUCUUUAUCUCCUUGGACCGCUGUGAUUGGCUUGACAAGAAGAAUACUAUUUUUGGCAAGGUCACCGGGGAUUCGAUAUAUAAUCUGACUAGAUUAUCUGAAAUUGAAACUGAUAAGGAUGACAGGCCCUUGGAUCCACCCAAGAUUUUAUCCGUUGAGGUGUUAUGGAACCCUUUUGAUGACAUUGUUCCAAGAGCAUUGUCAAAGCCUUUGGUUGAAUCCGCAGCUGAUUCUGACAAGAAAGAUACCAAGAAGAAAGCUGUGAAAAAGCUCAACUUGCUUUCAUUUGGAGAAGAAGCUGAAGAAGAGGAGAAAGAAUUGGCAGCAGUAAAGCGAAAGAUCAAAAGCAGUCAUGAUGUAUUGGAUGAUCCUCGUCUUUUAAAGGAAGAUGUUCCAAGUAGUGAAUUGGACUCAUCUGAUGUAAAAAAAACAAGGGAUAUGCAGUUAUCUGUAAGAGAAGCUCUAAGCUCAAAGAAAGAAGAGUCACAGAAAGAUUCAAAAGCUGGAUUUUAUAAUCUUCUUGAUUAUAGUGAUGAUGAUGAGGCCAACUUUGACGCACGAAUGCGUCAGCAAAUACUCAGAAGACGAAAGGAGUUGGACGAUAACCCCGCCAAGCGAAAAUUGCACGAUGGGAAUUCUAGCCCAAAGAACCAAGAAAUAUCUAUGUCAAGGUCUAAAGCUGAAAGCAUUGAUGAUGAGCAACCGAGGGUAGAAAAGUUGUCUCUGAAGAAAAGGGGACUCGGAUCAGAAGCCAGAGCUGAACGAAUGGCUAAUGCAGAUGUAGACUUACAGCUGUUGGGUGAAGGUGAACGAGGAAGACAGUUACAAAAACAAAAAAAGCGCAGACUUCAAGGACGUGAAGAAGAUGUUCUAGCAAAACUAGAGAACUUUAAGGCAGCCUUCUCUGGAAAACCCUUGGCCUCGAGUAGUGAAUCUGGAGGUGGCAAUCGUGAGGAUUUAUCUGACUGGAAAUCAAUUAAGUUAGAGUUUGCUCCAGAGUCUGGCAAGGAUCACAUGUCCCGCAAUGAUGACCCAAAUGACUAUGUCGUGCACGACCCUCUUCUGGAGAAGGGGAAAGAGAAGUUCAACCGUAUGCAAGCCAAGCAAAAGCGACGUGAACGGGAAUGGGCUGGGAGACCUCUUACUUGACUAAUCUUUGCUAACAAGUCAGGCUCGCAAAAAUUGAAGAUUGAAUGGAAUUGACGAGUUGGGUCAUAUGUGCCAAUUUGAUUUGACUUUGCUAUGUAGUUUGACCGCUACAUCGUUGCUAAGAAUCAUGCAGGAAAAACUCCUAGCUUGAGGUGCAAAAUGCAAAAUGCAAAAUGAUGCCUGGCAAAAAAAAGCAGCAAUCUUGCGUUUCCUCUCUCGUCUUCUUUGGUUUUGCUCACUUUUUUUAGUUGAUGUGGAUCAAAAAUGUACAUAUUUAUCCUGAACGUGUUAAUGUAGCAGUGGUUUAAUUGGUGUCAA